AUGGCUGUUUCAGUUGAUCCUAGCUUACCGCCUCCUAUCACCUUGAUCACUUUGUUCACUUUGAGUGCCACUGUUCUUCGAGCUUGUCGAGCAGACGCCAUUAAUCCUUCCGUCAGUUGUCCACAUCGUUCUAGAAUCUCCCAGUGGUUUCUUCGUUCACAUGGGACACAAAGGGCAUUGAAUGUUUUGAAGGACUUUGUGGAAAUGUCUGACCAUGGUGCCAGCGGUCUUCCUGUAAUGCGGUUAAGAUCACGUGGAAUCCCGUCGCUUAUAGCUCUGGUCCAACGGUUGUAG